AUGUCGGCGUCAGACACGGUUUCUGAAGUUGCAAUGGGAGCCAUCCUAAGGUCGUCGUCCUCGCGGCGGUCAAAGCCGUCCCGGUGCCGUCAUCGGCAUGCACAAUGUCGCAAUCUCACCAACACAGGCGUCUUGGUAUAUGGUACACCCUGUGAAAACAACUACUUAGCCCGCGCGGCAACAGUGUCGGGGUCAUCGGCUACAAUAACCCAGGGUCAAUUCGCCAUGGCCGACGGCCACGACGUCGUCCCUGGCCGGCAGGAAGCCGAACCACAAUCUUAUUUGCCAUGCAAUGCCCGCAUCAAUAACUCUUCUGGAUCUCCAGUGCAUCCAUGCUAUCACUUCACACGGCCGGGCCCCUGA